AUGGUCAGGAAACUCAAGUUCCACGAGUCCAAGCUCCUCAAGAAGCACGACUUUGUCAACUACAAGCAAGACAACCAGCACAGAGACCACGAUGUCGCCAGACGGUACAUGAUUCAGAAGCCAGAGGACUAUCACAAGUACAACAGAAUAUGCGGCUCUUUGCGACAAUUGGCGCAUCGCCUAAGUCUUCUCCCCCCAGAGAACGAGGUGAGACGCAAGCACGAGGAGCUGCUCCUCGACAAGCUGUACGACAUGGGCAUCCUGUCGACCAAGUCGAAGCUGUCACAGGUCGAGAAAGGCGUCACAGUAUCCGCCAUGGCUCGUCGGCGGUUGCCAGUAGUAAUGACUCGGCUGCGCAUGGCCGAGACAGUACAGGCGGCCACCAAGCUCAUUGAGCAAGGGCACGUACGGGUCGGAGUGGAAGAGAUUCGGGACCCGGCCUUCCUAGUGACCAGGAGCAUGGAGGAUUUCGUCACGUGGACCGUGGGCAGCAAGAUCAAGCAGAACAUUAUGAAGUACCGCGACAAGCUGGACGACUUUGAGCUGCUCUAA